CUUGCAGCUGAAGUCGUCCUCCCAGAACUCGGCAAACCAGAUGUUGCGGCGGUUGUUCUCCAGGGAGCGGGAAGUGAAACUCUCUCAAGGUUCUCCACAUCCAACUUGAAGUGUGGCACCCAGAACUGGAAGCAGUACUCCAGCUGCAGCCUCACCAAUGCCGAGUACAGUGGGAGAAUGACUUCCUUAGUUUUGCUUGAGAUGCAUCGGUUGAUGCAGCCCCUUGGAAUGCAGAAGAAGCCGUGGGGCAGAGUGAAGGAAGAGGAGGAGGAGGUGAUGGAUGCUGAAGAGCCAGGGGGCAGAGUAAAUGCUGAUGAGGAGGAGGAGGUGACAGGUGCCACUGAAGAGCUGGGGGGCAGUGCAAGGGGUACCCUGGCCGAGGAGGAGCCAGCUGAGGCCGAAGGCCCAAGAGAGGUGACUCUCCCACAGAAGAAGGUGGUCCCCGGCAUCAUCUACCUGGGCCACAUCCCUCCCCGCUUCCGCCCCCGGCAUGUCCGCACCUUGCUGGGUGCCUACGGUGAGGUUGGCCGUGUCUUCCUGCAGCCUGAGAAGCGUUUUGUGUGGCAGAGGAAGAAGAAUGUCGCAGGAACACGGGCCAAGAACUACACGGAGGGCUGGGUGGAGUUCCGGGACAAGCGGGUGGCCAAGCUCGUGGCCUCCAGUCUCCACAACACGCCUAUGGGCACCCGGAAACGAAGCCGCUUCCAUGCUGACCUCUGGAACAUCAAGUACCUGCACCGCUUCCGCUGGCCCCACCUCAGCGAACACCUGGCCUGGGAGCACCAGGCUCAGGCCCAGCGCCUACGGGCUGAGAUUGCUCAGGCCAAGAGGGAAACCGGCUUCUACCUGCGCAGUGUGGAGAAGGCCCAGCGCCCUGCCCCAACUCCGGGCUCUGGCCCCAGCCCUGCUUCUUCCUGGGGCUACUGCCAGCGCCCCACUGAGCCUGAAAUCCAGCAGCACCGUGGCCCCACACCUAUCCCUGCCCUCCUCCAUAGCAUUUUUGGGACCAAGGAUGAGUAGGCCUUCCUGAUACAGCAUUCUGUGCAGCUGUUCCACCCGAGAGCUGGCUGCAUCCUGGAGUCUGGAGAGUUUUCCCAGAGCUGUGUAAUAUGCAACUGUUUUUAGCUGUUCCACCCCAGAACUGGCUGCAUUGUGGAGAUUAGGGAGAUUUCUCUGCAUGGUGGUACAUGCAGUCAUUCCACCCCAGAGCUGGCUGCAUCCUGUGGCCUGGGGAGAUUUUCUUGGGGAAUGUUAUAUGCAGCUGUUCCAUCCCAGAGCAGACUGCAUUGUGGGGACUAGUAAGAAUUCCCUGUGUGCUGUUAUAAGCUGCUGUUCCACCCCAGAGCUGGCUGCAUUCUCACACUCGGCAAGACUUCAGCAUGUGCUAUUACGUGAAGCCAUCUCCAGGCUGUUCCACCCCAGAGUUGUCUGCACUGCUGUGGCAAAAAAGUCUUCCUUGGGUGGUGUUAUAUGCUAUUGUUUCUGCAUGUCCCACCCCAGAGGUAGCUGCAUUAUGAGGACUGGUGUGAGACUUCCCUGUGUGCUGUUACAUGCAAUCAUUUCCAGGCUGUUCAAUACCAGAGUUGGCAUCUCAGCUAUCCCUCUCCAGUGUUAUACCUGCCUGUUGUCCAGCUGCCCCACCUGAGCUGGAUACAUCUGGGUGCCAGGCAAGCCUCUCUUGGGCUCUGUGUUUUUCCAGGCUCCUUAAGGACUUGGCUACAAGGUUGGAGAUAUGGAGGUAAUAAACCCAGACUACCCUCCUCCCCCAUUCCUUGCCCCUGUCCAGGCUUCAAGGACAUAUCCAAGGGGUGGGUGAGGUAGAUGCAAGCAAAAACCUUGGGGCGCUUAACCUUGGGCUGCAGGUUGGGAGUUAGGGGCACUGUGGGUGAAGGGGAGAGCUGUGGGCUGGGAGUGAGGAGGCCCUGGAAAGUGCCUUAAUAUUCCUUCUGGAAGAUUUGCCAAAAUGGGGGAAAUACUGGGGCUGUUUCUGUUUAACAAAAUGUCUGGUUUUGGGGUGAAAAUAGACUCUUUCAGUCAACAA